CUAAAAAAUAAGAAAUCUAAUUACCUACUCGUAUCACAAUAGCUGUGCAAACAAGAUAAAUUCAAGUUGUGUAGCUUAGCUGGCCUUAUCAUUUGAAAAAUUAACCAACGACACGUAGGUACGUGAUUGUUUAAAGCACUGGUCAGUUUCGAAAUAUUAUUCGGUUUGAUUUAAUUUUUUUCAAAUUGUGCUAUGAGUUUGAAAAUUACAACUGUUACUCCUCCUGUGGAGCUGGCCGAAGGUCCUCAUUGGGAUGAGUCGACUCAAGCUUUAUACUUCGUAGAUAUUUGGAAAUCGACUAUACACAGAUAUGUACCCGAAAGCGACCAAUACACCUGCACUAAAAUUCAUCUUCCAGGACAAGAGGAAAAGCCAGUCUCUCUAAUCAUUCCGGUAAAAAACGAAAAAAAUAAAUUCGUCAUUUCUUACGGAGCUGAUAUAGCGCUCAUUACUUGGGACGGUGAAAACGAUCCGUCAGAUUACCAAAUUUUAGCCACAGCUGAACAAGAUGGUAAAAAUAGCACAAGAUUCAACGAUGGUAAAUGUAGUCCGAGCGGAGUAUUAUUUGCAGGUUCGAUGGCUGUGGAUCAAGAAAAGAUAACCGACAAUUUGGGUAAUUUCUACUCUUUUAAAAACCUUAACUCGAAACUAUUACUCAAAAACAUAGGAAUUUCGAAUGGAUUAGCUUGGAGUGACGAUGAAAAAUUGUUUUAUUACAUCGAUUCGUUGACCUAUAAAGUUGAGGGAUUCGAUCACGACUCGGAUAAAGCUGAAAUUUCCAACAGAAGAACAGUUUUCGAUCUAAAACAAAAUAAUAUCGAAGCAUUUCCCGAUGGAAUGACCAUAGAUGCUGAUGGAAAUUUAUGGGUAGCUUGUUACGAAGGAAGCCGAGUAUUGAAGAUAAACCCAAAAACUGGAACCUUGUUAGAUACGAUAUCGUUACCAACGCCCAACAUCACCAGCGUAGCUUUCGGUGGAAAAAAUUUAGACGAGUUGUACGUAACUUCGGCACGAUACGAAACGUUCGCUCGUAAUAUCAAAGAAGAUGAUACGGCCGCUGGAUGUGUAUUUAAGAUAAUCGGUACGGGUUCAAAGGGCAUCGCCGGAGCAUCGAUAGAUAUUUCUAAUAUUUCUACUCACUAAUACUAUAAUUACUUUUUAAACCAAUGUAAUAUUCGAUAUACUUACAAAAAGCGGGUAAACAACGGAAUCUUUUCAUGCUAAAAA